AUAUCUAGCAUCAUGAAUUGUCAAGAAGGACUCUUGGCUGUUUAAAAUGUUAAAUACUCUGAUUUAACUUCACCGGAAGACUCACGUUUCACCCGGAAGUGUUUAACCGAAAGUCAAGAAAACAAUUGUGAGGCAAAACAUCAAUGGGGGUCACUUGUGUGUGCCAAGUGCCUGUGGCAGAGGGGAAGAGUGUGCAGCAGACAGUUGAUAUCCUGCACAAGAAACUGGAGCAGCUGGGUGCUGUGAAGCAGGGCAGCUUCUGUGUAGACUGUGAGACAUACCAUGCAACAGGAAAUGUCAGCGGUCAGCCCUCCAAACUCUUAUACGUGAUGCACAACUCGGAGACUCCCCUCAGUUGCCUGGCUCUGUUUGAAGGCGGACCCUGCCUGGUAGCCGACGCAAACUUUGACGUUCUCAUGGUGAAGCUAAAAAGUCACUUCCAAAAUGCCAAGGGGCACAAGGUGGAGUGUCGUGGUUCUCGAUACCGCUACUGUGACUUCUUGAUAAAAGUUGGUACUGUGACAAUGAGCUCCAGCGCCAGAGGAAUAUCAGUAGAGGUGGAGUACUGUCCCUGCGUCGUUCCAGGGGACUGCUGGAAUCUCACGAAGGAGUUCAUGCAGUCCUUUCUUGGCUCCAGCGUCCCCGAACUGCCGUCUGUGUUUGCUGCCAAGCCUGAAGGACUCUUCGCACCAGCAGACUGCGUUGACACCAUGACUCAGUACCUGGAGUUGUUCAACAAACUUCGUAAACUGCAAAUCCCAGGAAGUAACGUGCGUUGAGUUGUCAGUGGCAAUGGAGAGAUCUAUUUUUUUAUGUUUGUACUGAUGUUGCUUUAAUUCUGGUCCUGUGAAUCAGCACGGUAAGCAGGCAUUUUUGAAAGCCUAGGGUUUUUUAUUUCCAUUUCUGGAGCCUCAACAUUGCAUUACACCUUCCUAUUUGAUGAAAGCAUAUUGUAUUAAAAGAGCCCUGGUGGAGAACAGUC